GCAUAUAGGCAUAUAGCAUUUGUUCCUAAUUCCUAUUCUUGUAAGAAAACAAGAGAGAGAAAGACUUAAAAAAAAAAAAAAAAAGAAAAAAGAGAAAGAAUGUUCCAUCACCCUAAGAAAUUACCUUCUUCUAUGAAUUCAAAUGAAAGGAAUAAUAGUUCUUCCAUGUGUGUUCAAAAUGAUUCUGGCUUAGUCCUUACAACUGAUCCUAAACCUCGUCUUCGAUGGACCGUCGAGCUUCAUGAACGUUUCGUCGAUGCCGUUACUCAGCUUGGCGGCCCUGAUAAGGCAACUCCUAAGACUAUUAUGAGAGUUAUGGGUGUUAAAGGUCUCACUUUGUACCAUCUCAAGAGUCAUCUUCAGAAAUUCAGGCUAGGAAAGCAGCCACACAAAGAGUUCAAUGAUCAUCAUUCAGUCAAGGAUGCAUCGACUUUGGAGCUUCAAAGACCACAUGCUGCAUCUUCAUCAGGAUUAAUGCGACCAAGUAUGAAUGACAGCAAUGUGCAUAUUAGUGAUGCAAUCAGGAUGCAAAUGGAAGUCCAAAGGAGGCUUCAAGAACAGCUGGAGGUACAAAGACACCUCCAACUAAGAAUUGAAGCACAAGGAAAAUACAUGCAAAACAUACUAGAAAAGGCAUGUCAAACACUAGCAGGAGAAACUAACAUGGCAGCUUCAUCAGCAACUCACAAUAACAAAACCAACAAUAAUAAUACUCAUAACCUUCUAAGCUCAAACAACUCAUCAAAUAUGGCAGCGGAUCCAUUGGGUGGAUCCAUAAGAGAAUUCGGGUCCAUGAACUUUCCUUCAUUUCAAGACCUUAAUAUCUAUGGUGGAGAUCCGCCAUUGGAUCUCCACCAAGGUAUGGAUCGUUCUUCAUCACUUGAGAACUUCAUGCAAGUUCCAAGUGAUCAUAGUCUUUGUUUAGGGAAGAAACGGGUCAACCCGUUUAAUAGUAAUAAUGGUAAGAGCCCUUUGAUUUGGGGAGAUGAUCAUAUCCGGAUUCAAGAACUUGGGGCUCCGUUAAAUUGUCAAGAUCAUCAUCAUCAACAAGAUCCGUUUAAGAUUGAUAUUCAAAUCGGGCCACCCGAUCAUCAAAUCGAUUCGAUUUCAGAUCAAAUUUAUGAAUCAAAGCCAUUAUUGGCCAAUGAUAUUUCAGUUGGAGAAUAAGUUUGGACCCAGUGUAAUAUAAUUCGCUAACCAAUUUAUAUUUUUUAUUAAUGAUUCUCGAGAAUAUUAGCGAAUUAUAUGUCACGAUAUUACCUACAAGACAUACAAGACAAGGAAGAAAUUCACCCAAUGGCAUGAAUUUUGGAAAUGAUUUUGGUAGGUUUAAUUUAAUUUAAUCUUAAGUUAAUUUUCUUAGAAGAGUGUUCCAUUUUUGUGGGUUACAAUGUUAGUUAUCUAAGUAGAAUUUUAAUGACUUUUGAUUAAGAAAAUCAAUGUGAAAGGGAGGAGAAAUGUUUACAUUCAGUGUAUAAAUAUAUGACUACUUUUAAUGGUAUGUAUAA